UCUUGACAUCUGUCUUGAUUCACCUUUUUCUUCGCAACUUUGCAAACGCGGCACCGUAAUAGGAUCUACCCCUCUACCCCAUACUGUCGAAGAUUCUGAUGAGCGCGGAGCGAAAAUGAAUUGAUGUGAAAGGACAGAGCAUAAAAUAAUCGCAAAAAAGCAUUGUCCAUUGCUUGCCCGAACUUUGUGGAUAAUGUAAUGACGUCAUGUUCUUACAAUACCACAAGAACAUUUAUCGAGGAAGUGGAAGAGAUUUAAACUUCUAUGACUUCUGUCAAGUGGGAUCUUGUUUUGCACUUUGACCUCUCAAAGCUCUUUUGAUGAUGAUAAAAUUCUCUCCUCUUUCAGUUCUAGCCAUCGGUUUUUCUGCCAGCUUUACCGCUUGCUCCCCCAUUCUACUUCAACGUCGUGCAAGCGUUACGUGUACCACAAAGUACAGCGGUUACUUGUACAGUACGGUGAUUGAGAAUGUGACAGAUACGAGUGUUUCAAGUCAACGUGGCCAUAGGAUUGGUAUAAAUAAUGACAACUAUUUCAUCCACGAUGACGUUGGAGAUAAAUUCUUAUUUGAUGAAUGCGAAUCGGAUGGCUGGAACUCGUCUCCGAGACAAUUUGGUCAACUAAAAUACGUUCCCCAAGGUGAAUUUCGAGCUGUGACUGCUGAUACGACCACACAAGGAAGUGGUUACCCGCUCAGCAUGCAAAAUGCAUCUUCUGUGGCUGAUGAUAUGUUGGAUCGUCAAUGGUUCUAUGCAUAUUGGAAGAAUGAUAAACAGGGUGGCCCAUACGUAACCGUACACGUCAAAGGUAAUCCAAAUGAUGACGAUGAUGAAUUUGAUCUGCCAUAUUCAGCCUAUUAUAAUGGUAUCAAUACGGCAACCAAGAAAGAUACUGGACAUGUGUAUACCCUCUUUGAUGUUGAAAUCCUUAGCUGAAUAAUAUUGAAUUUGGCUUGAGAGUUGGUCGGACUUGACAGUACUUUACAAAUGCCGUACUCUUCUCCAAGGAAAGGUUCAUGGUCUUGAGAAAGAAAAAGCAUUGAUCGGCAUGAGCUCCAAUUUCGGAC